GAGGCGGCGUUGGUUUGGGUUUACCAUCGUUCUAUGAAUGUCGCUAAUUUACCUUUUUUUCUUGUAGUGAAUGCAACAGCGGCAGGUAGUACCACUACCAAGGCAUCAUCUUUGGACAGCUCUCACUUCCCUUCAGAUUUCAUGUUCGGAACCGCUUCUUCAGCUUACCAGUAUGAAGGAGGUGCAAGAGAAGGCGGCAAGGGGCCUAGCAUUUGGGACACUUACACUCAAACACAUCCAGACUUGGUGGAGGGCAGAAGCAAUGGCAACGUUGCAGUUGAUUCCUAUAAUCGCUACCAGGAAGAUAUCAAGAUCAUGAAAACAAUGGGAUUCAAUACUUACAGGUUCUCAAUUGCGUGGUCCAGAUUAUUACCAAAUGGAAAGGUGAGUGGAGGAGUGAACCAGCAAGGAGUUGAUUACUACAACAACCUCAUCAACUCUCUCCUAUCCAAUGAGUGGCAGCUAGCCGAUAGCACCGGUGGUGAUUCUGGGACCGAGCCUUAUGUCACUGCUCACCAUCAGCUCCUUGCUCACGCUGCUGCUGUCAAACUCUACAGGGUUAAUUAUAAGGCAACUCAAAAAGGACUCAUAGGAAUCACGAAUGUGUCAUACUGGUUCCUGCCACUCUCUGACAGCGAUGAAGAUAAAAAGGCAGCUCAGAGAGCCCUGGAUUUCAUGUAUGGAUGGUUCAUGGAUCCUAUAGUCAAUGGCGACUACCCGGAUGUUAUGAAGACCAACAUAGGAAGCAGCAGACUGCCACAGUUCUCAGCCCAACAAUCAGAUCUUCUGAAGGGUUCAUUUGACUUCAUUGGCCUCAACUACUACACUGCUUCUUAUGCUUCCAACCAUCCGCAAUUCGACCCUCAGCGUCCCUCUAUGUUCUCUGAUCGUCGUCUCCAACUCUCAGCUGAGCGCAAUGGUGUACUUCUUGGUCCCAAGGUGGGUUCAGGUUGGGUGUACGAUUAUCCCAGAGGAUUUGAGCAGCUGCUAACCUACACCAAGACCAAAUACAAAGAUCCUGUCAUAUACAUUACCGAGAAUGAAGCUCUUCUGGAUGUUUCCAGGGUUUCCUACUUCCAGGGCCAUCUUGAAGCUGUUCACAAUGCAAUCAAGGAAGGAGUGAAGGUGAAGGGAUUUUUUGCGUGGUCAUUACUGGACAACUUUGAAUGGAGUGCUGGUUACUCCGCAAGAUUUGGUCUUGUCCACAUAGACUACAAGAACGGGCUGCAGAGACAUCCAAAGCUCUCUGCCUUCUGAGUUGGAGAGUCUUUGUUAACAGUAGCGGCCUCACCGGAGGAGUUAUCGGCGUUUAAGUACCCACGGCAGGGCAAUGCCAGACUGAGGAGGCAGUACUGCCGUCUUCGUUGCAUCCCAUUUACUCUGAAAGCAGCAGUUAGUGCAAGUGGCACCAAGGCAUCAUCUUUGAACAGCUCUCACUUCCCUUCCCAUUUCAUGUUUGGAACCGCUUCUUCAGCUUACCAGGUUGCUUAAUUAGUUGAUAUGCUCACCCUUUCUUCAUUCAACUGUUUCCCAUAUACUAAAAUGGAUCGGUUCAAGUUUUUAGUAUGAAGGAGGGGCAAGAGAAGGCGGCAAGGGGCCUAGCAUUUGGGACACUUACACUCAAACACAUCCAGAAUUGGUAAAGGACAGAAGCAACGGCGACGUUGCAGUUGAUUCCUAUAAUCGGUACCUGGAAGAUAUUGAGAUCAUGAAAACAAUGGGAUUCAAUGCUUACAGAUUCUCAUUUGCCUGGUCCAGAUUAUUACCAACUGGAAAGUUGAGUGGAGGAGUGAACAAGCAAGGAGUUGAUUACUACAACAACCUCAUCGACUCUCUCCUAUCCAAUGGGAUGCAGCCAUUUGUCACACUCUUCCACUGGGACACUCCUCAAGGCCUCGAAGACGAAUAUGGCGGCUUCCUGUCUUCUAACAUUGUUGAAGACUUCGAGGAUUAUGCUGAGGUGUGUUUCAGGGAGUUUGGAGACAGAGUGAAGCACUGGAUCACAUUCAAUGAGCCUUGGACAUUUAGCUCUGGCGGGUAUGCUGGCGGACCUCUAAGAAUCGCCCCUUUCAGAUGCUCACAUUGGCAGCUAGACGAUAGCACCGGUGGUGAUUCUGGGACUGAGCCUUAUGUCACUGCUCACCAUCAGCUCCUCGCUCAUGCUGCUGCUGUCAACCUCUACAGGCUUAAAUAUCAGGCAACUCAAAAUGGAGUCAUAGGAAUUUCGAAUGUGUCACACUGGUUCCUGCCACUCUCUGACAGCAAGGAAGAUGAAGAGGCAGCUCAGAGAGCCGUGGAGUUCAUGUAUGGAUGGUUCAUGGAUCCUAUAUUCCACGGCGACUAUCCGGAGAUUAUGAAGUCCUAUAUAGGAAGCAGACUGCCACAGUUCUCAUCCCACCAAUCAGAUCUUCUGAAGGGUUCAUUUGACUUCAUUGGCCUCAAUUACUACACUGCUUCUUAUGCUUCCAAUCAUCCACAAUUCGACCCUCAGCGUCCUUGUAUGUUCUCUGAUCGUCGUCUCAAACUCUCAGAUGAGCGCAAUGGUGUACUUAUUGGUCCCAGGGUGGGUUCAGGUUGGGUGUACGAUUAUCCCAGAGGAUUUGAGCAGCUGCUAACCUACACCAAGACCAGAUACAACGAUCCUGUCAUAUACAUUACCGAGAAUGGAGUUUAUGACAGCACCGAUGAAUCUUCGCCCAAGGAAGAAGCUCUUCAGGAUGUUUCCAGGGUUUCCUACUUCCAGGGCCAUCUUGAAGCUGUUCACAAUGCAAUCAAGAAAGGAGUGAAGGUGCAGGGAUACUUUGCGUGGUCAUUGCUCGACAACUUCGAAUGGAGUGCUGGUUACUCCCUAAGAUUUGGUCUUGUCCACAUAGACUUCAAGAAUGGGCUGCAGAGACAUCCUAAGCUCUCCGCCUUCUGGUUCCAGAACUUCCUGCGCCAAAAUCGUCCCAUCGAAAAUUCAUUAGACCUGUCAUCUCAGAACUUGCAACUCAUGGAUUCUACAUAUUAGUUGGAACAUGUAUCUCGUCACUUUGCACUAGUAAUUAGUAAAACCAUGCUGCUUUAGUUUCUUGCUUAUUCAUGUAAAGCUUUUGUUACUCUCUAGCUAUUUACUUACCAAACAAAUUCGACUCCUAAUUCUAGUACAGGGAAAUGAGUUUGGCUAUGAUGCAGAAUGGAGUAAGCUUCAGCACCCUGCAGAUGCUUUCUUAUUCGUCCGAUUCAUCAUGAAACGAUUAUAGUGUAUGAAAUUGAGAUCAGAAUCUGUUGACGUCUUUGUCCGACUCGAACAAAAUGACGAGAAAUUUCCUUCCUUUCUGCCCAUCACCGGCUUCACUCGCCGGAAAGAGCUCAAGCUUCCAAAGCAGCUUUCUUUCUUCCCACCAUCCCGUAUUCUCCAGGAAACCAUGCACUCAGUCUCCUCCUCUCACAUGCCGGCCACCAGCCGCUUCUUCUACAACCUCUUCUCUAAUCACAGAUUUCGACCUCUACGAUCUUCUCGGAAUCGAUAGCUCAAGCAACCAUUCCCAAAUCAAAGUGGCUUACAGAGCACUCCAGAAGCGAUGCCACCCGGACAUCGCCGGCCCAGCUGGCCACGACAUGGCAAUCGUGCUCAACGAGGCUUACUCUGUUCUCUCCGAUCCGAAUUCGCGCCACGCUUAUGACAAGGUCUGAACUUUACGCCUCUUUGUCCAAAGGGUCACUUCAAGUUUCGUUCUUUUUUUGCGAUUCGAUCUGAAAAUCGGAUGUUGAAAACAGGAACAAGCGAAGCUGGCCGAGCUACGCGGGUAUACAGGGAAGCCGCUGUACUCGACGUGGGUGGGUUCGGAGAGCGAGCAGAGAGCUGUGUUCGUCGACGAAGUGAAGUGCGUUGGUUGCUUGAAGUGCGCCCUGUUUGCAGAGAAGACGUUUGGGAUCGAAUCGGUUUUUGGAAGAGCAAGGGUCGUUGCGCAGUGGGCUGAUCCUGAACCCAAGAUCCAUGCCGCCAUUGAUUCAUGUCCUGUUGAUUGCAUCUCCGUCGUGGAGAGAGCAGAUUUGGCUGCCUUGGAGUUCCUGAUGUCGAAGCAGCCACGGGGGAAUGUGAGGAUCGGCGCAAGCAAUUCAGCGGGACAGCGAGUCUCGAACAUCUUCGUUGAUGUGAAGAAGUUCAGAAACAGAGUAGCAGAUGCCACUGACCCGAACUCCUCUAGGGAGGCGGACCUGCAAAGAGAGGCAAGGAUGUCAGCAAUUCAGACAAUCAGAUCACUCUGGUUGUACUGGCAAGCACCAAAGCAUGCAUCAUCCACUCAACGCAGCUUGAAAUUUCUCCCACUUCCACGACAACAAACAUCAACCGAGCCAGACAUUAAGAAGAUCCACCAGGCUGCUGAGGCAAGAAGACAGGCACGAGAGAGCACCGGGCCCGUUCGUCCUGCUGCAGUGAGUCCAGAACAGGAUGAAUACUGGGUGCCGUCUACACGAGGUCUUCCAUCCGCGUCAACGACUGACAAGAAAGCCGACUCGAAGUCAGCUGUGAAAGCUGGGUCGAGGAAGGUGAACAAGGGGAGAAGGUAUGCAGUUGAAAAGGAGAGGAAGAGGAGCUUGACGAUCCCAGCAGUGGCAGCAACAGUUGCGGCGGUUUUAGUUCACCUGCAAGUUGGGGGAAGGGAAGUGGUGAGUGGGGGAUUGAAUGAACAUAUAGGUGGUUCUUUUGCGCUUGAUGUUGUGAACAGCUCGCUGAUGCAGGUUUCAUUAGCAUGGAUGACCUGGUUCUUUAUUGGAGCCGCUGCGGUUGAGCUAGGUGAAGCCAUAAGAAACAAUAAAUCAUAGUGAUCUAGUAUAGAAUACAGCUUUAGAUGGAUAUUUUACUUGUAUAUGGAUCUGUAUGGAACUGGUAUUCGUAUAAAUGUAGACAAACCCAAAAACUUGAAUUACUUCUGAAUUGUGAUUGUGGAUGUUAUCAGAGGUCGGAUCAAUCAGGUGGGGAAAGAUACUACUACGACUCAUUGCGGUAUUGAUAUAAUGUAACAAGCUCAAAGGAAUAGUCUUGUAAAGGUAGAAAUUAAGACCAGUUCAUCUUGUUCUUAAUGAAACGACAUCAUUACAGUAUUCAAUCUUGGUUCAGAUGCUUACAUGCGACAAUACAUCAGUAGCAAUAUUUGGCAGUGCUGUAUAACAGCAUUUGAGGACUCGUAUCCAGUAUGACUUGGUCCAGAUAGCAUUCCACAGUUCCUUCUGAAGAACUCUUCUAAUACCGGUACUUGGUGGAGUAGUCCUUAGGAGCAAUGACUAGACCACGUCCCUUCCUCGCUCCACGAUAGACGGUCUCCACAAUGUCGACAAACUCCUGCUUGUCCUUGAGAGCCCAGUUGAUCUUGUUGUUGUUUCCAGUGCCAAGAUCGAUCAUGAUGUGCUUGUUCCUGAAGAAGAACAUAACUGUCGACGGAUCGUACAGCUCGUACAUUGUGUUGAAAUCAGGCACCUCAGAGAUGUCCACCAGGUAUAUCACCGCAAAGUUCUUCAACGUAUCAGCGACAGAGGACAACACUUCAUCCAUCUGCAACCA